UUCGCAACUCUGCAAAAGGGUGACGUCAUCUAGUUCUUGGUGCCCUGUCGUCGAUGUUGAAAUCCAACGGAUUUGGGCAAGUACUCAGCCUCCAAAGACGCGCGGGUAUAUAACUCGAUUUCCCCCAGCGCCCGCACACACUCGAUGCGCCUCCCUGGCCACCGCUACCUCGGACCCGGCAACCCCCUGCACAACGGUCCACCCGUCGACGAAGACGACCGCAUCGCCCAACGCCACGACCGGGCAUACGAAGAAGCGAGAGACGACGAAUCCGUCUUCAAAGCCGACGUCCACGCCGUAGGAGACUUCGUUUCCGACUUUGCCGAUCGAGGAUCCGUCCAUUCGUUACUGGGAGCUACCGGCCUAGGAAGCAAGCACCUGUUUGAGAAGUACGUGGUCGGACGUGCCAUCUAUGGAGGAAUGUCAACCGGACGGAAACGUCAACGUGACGAUGCCGAUAGUGAACACGACAUCGACGACGACGCUCGGCAUCGAGCGGGCCGGCAGAGAGUCAUGGACCUCUUGUUCGGCAACAGCCAAAGCGAAGGAGGACAGGAAACCCGAACGGCAGCCUUGCACACCACGUCGUCCGGAGGCGGCGGAACCGGAGUGGGAAGUAACACUACGAAUGUCCCAAACGGAGUACGACAAAUUUUGCGAGUUCCUAGCGACAAGGGCAUUGUCACCGUAUUCCGUGACUCCAAGAUUCUUACCACCUGGGCCUUUAUCAUCAGAAACCUAAAUUUCAAAGUCGGCAAAGCAUCGUUCACCCCGAUCUUCACCUCUCUCAGCCACAUACCCGUGGAGUGCGCGUACUUUUACAUGUCUCUGCACCAAUUCAAGUCGCUGUUGCCCGGCAGUAAAGCCGUGUGGUGCGGCGUAAAGGUCACCCCUCACGGUAUUCGCACACCGUGGAAGACUGGCCAAUCCGUAGUCCAGCCAGUAAAUUCGGACAUGAUGGUGUACGGGACCACGGCCAUCGGACUCAACCACGUCUACGACACCAUACCGGUAGUACCCAAGACCUUCAAACCCGGAGACCCGAUGCAAGUGACGGCCAUAAACGAACUAUCGUUGGAUAAUCACAAGGACCUCGCCCGCAAGUAUUGGGCCAACAUGGACACCGAAGACAUGAAUCAGUACGUACCCACGUGCAUGGGCAUACCCCGUCACAACCACUUUUACGAAUCGAUCCUCACCUCUAACGACCACCACUACCCUCGUCUGACGCAACACUCGAACGUUUGGCCGUUCAAGGGCCACGUCGGUCUACCCAUGGUAAACUACGACUACUCAUUCGACGCCCCUAUUUAUACCCAACCUAACCUAACCCAUUGUCGUCGCGACCGGUUCAAGCCCUGGAGAACGUUGAUCCUCGGAGACGUGGUCUGGGCCCUGGAGAGCUUUUUGAGGGACGUUCCGGCAAGGGUCGUUCCUCGCGACUACGUGGAACGUCUGGUGAGGCGUCUCGCGAGAAGGCAACACGAAGAAGCUCAAUACGUCGCGCACAUCUUAAAAAUACUGUGUGAGGUCGAGUGGGGUCUGUGCGACCAGGAAAAAGUUUACAACUAG